AUGACUUCUCCAAUGAUUCAAAAAGAUAUUGUGAGUGCAUGUAAGAUAGAGAUCGUUAAAGCUAUUCUUGAGGAAUUAAAUGGUGACUACUUUGCUUUACUAGUUGAUGAAUCCUUUGAUGUGUCACGCAAGGAGCAAAUGGCAAUCAUAUUUCGUUAUAUUGAUAGAAUGAAAUUUGUAAUGGAGCGACUUAUUGACAUUGUUUAUGUUGAAGAUACUAGUGCUUCAUCUUUAAAGGAGGCAUUUUUUAAUUUACUUGCUCAACAUUCUUUGAGUCCAUCAAGUGUGCGUGGACAAUGUUACGAUGGGGCAAGUAAUAUGCAAGAGGAAGAUAUUGCAAAUGUCAUGCUACUUGUUGAAGUAGCAAAGAGAAGGUUGCAAGUCUUAAGAGAUGAUGAAUGGGAUUUUCUUAUUGCCAAGGUAUCUACAUUUUGUAUCAAACAUGAUGUUGUGAAACCUAACUUUGAGGAGCCAUAUGUUAGCUCUUUAAGAUUCCGGCGGAAACUUGCUAACUACACAAUCUUACAUCAUUAUUGUGUUGAAGUGUUUUGCAACAUCAUUGAUUGGCAACUUCAAGAACUUAAUGAUCGUUCUGAUGAGGUGACUAUCGAUUUGCUCCAUGGAAUUGCUUGCUUGAAUCCAAUUAACUCAUUUUCAAGUUUUGACAUAAGAAAAGUAAUGAAAAUGGCUGAAUUAUAUCCAGAUGACUUUGAUCAAUCCAAUAUGAGAAUUCUUGAGAAUCAACUUGCAAGUUACAUUGUUGAUGUUUGUGAUGUUGAUGAAAGGUUCUCCGAUCUAAAUGAGCUUUGUGAUCUUUCCAAAAGAUUAGUUCAGACAAAGAAACAUUCAAAUUAUCCUCUUGUAUUUCGCUUAGUGAAACUUACUCUACUUUUACCAGUUGCCACUGCCUCCGUUGAAAGAGUUUUUUCGGCAAUGAAGUUUAUCAAGAAUGACCUGUGGAGUCAAAUGAGUGAUGAUUUUUUUAAGUGGUUGUUUGGUGCCUCAUUUAGAAAAAUAUGUAUUUGA